AAAAACAGCACUCUCCCCAUCACCCCAAAAAUCAAACACAGUACCAUUUCCUCCCUCUUCUCUUCUUUUUCUUCUUCUUGUUCAUUCCAAAUGAAUUAACUUGUUCUGGUGACCAUGAGGAACAACGCAACACAAACCAGAGCCUUCUCCUCUUCCUCCUCCUCCUCAAGAUCCUACUCCCCUUCCUCCUCCUCCUCUGUCCUCCCUCAAACCCCAAUAAGAACAAUGGAGCAAGUUUGGAAAGACCUCUCUUUCUUCCCUCAUCAUCCUCCUCCUCCUCCCCCCAUAAACCCUAACCCUAACCCUAACCCUAACCCUACCUCUUCAUUCAGAGGUGUCAUUCUCCAAGAUUUCUUAGCUGGCCCAUUUAAGGAAACCCCAACAAGCUCUUCUGCUGCAGCCCAUGACCAUCAUCACAAUGAUCAUGAGGAGCAUCAGUUCCCUUUGCCUCUGCCCCCAACUGCUCUAAGCUUGAACUCUGCAGGUCUUGAUUUUGAGUACAACUCAAGGAAUGGAGACUGUCGGGGUCCCCGGGUUAAUGGCGCUUUUGUUGCUCCUGGGUUUGCUGAUGCUGUGAUUGGAUCUCCACCAAAUGUUGGGUUGUUCUCAUUUUGUGAUCAGAACAGGAGAGCUUCCAUGGAGAGUGGUGGAGAUCGAAGGCACAAGAGAAUGAUGAAGAAUAGGGAGUCCGCUGCAAGAUCAAGAGCUAGGAAACAGGCUUACACUAAUGAGUUGGAGUUGGAAGUGGCACAUUUGGCGGCAGAGAAUGAGAAGCUCAAGAAACAGUACGAGGAGCUACGUUUGGCAAUGGAUCAUGCUCAGCAUUCAACGAAAAAUAGCCUGCAGAGGACCUUAACUGCUCCAUUUUGA